CGUGAUCGGAGAUUUCCAACCCGGUCACGGCAAAAUGAAUGUAGUCAGACGGGCGCACCAGUGGGGAGCCAGAAAACCUUGGAAGAGGGCCUUGGCAAAAGCGGUGAGCACUUUACGUAUAUUCAUUGGGCAGAGCAGACACACAAAGAUGGUGCUUAGUCAUCUAAAAGUCAGUCGCCGCACUCGGAACGGCGGUAUGUUUGCAUUAUUUGCUUGCUUGCUGGCAGAUGACAGCAAGGGAGGUCACUUGAAGCAAAAGAUCGCCGCUAUUUUCGCUGUGUAUUGAAACUUUGGUAAUAUGGAUUCGCACGUCGGUGACAAUACCUGUUCGGCCACAGCGAUUGCCUGCGGCACAAUACCUCCCUCCGAAGGACUAGGCUGCGUAAAUUACAGUAACCGAUACCAAUCCCUGCUGUUUGGAGGGAAACAAAUCAUCAUCGAUACGCUGCCAAUACACAGCCAAAGGAAUCGCCUGGUCUUUCUCUCCUCGCACUCAGAUCCUCCUGCUUGCUGCUUCUUUCCGCUCUCCCACACUCCUCCCUGCCAUCGAUUCACACUCCUCAGACCCUUCACGCUAUCUCUCAGACUCCCGUAUCCUCCAAUUUAGCUUGAUCUCAGCUGUACUCCUCGUUAAACUACCCCCCCUGUGCUAUUCGCCGGGCUCCAGCUUCCUGCCCGCUUCCAACUCAAAACGCACCCCAGUCUUUUGCGAACAGCACUCCCACCCUCCCCCUCGCCCUGCCUUUCCCUCAUCUACUCUGCACGACGUCGCAGAAGAUCAUCUACUACACGAUAUUGCUUCUUUGCGCUUCCCUGUGUCUCUCCAGCUGUCAAGUCUUGAUUCCAUUGUCGACCGCGAGCCUGUGGUGCACCACCGUUGCUGCGCUUCGAGCGCAUAACCGACCAGCUUUCGAAAAAUCUUCACUCACGCCCUCCCGACCUAAUCGGUUACUGAAACCACCAAUCCAACUUGGUUGGACGUGCUCUCCCUCCCAUCUUUGCGUUGAAAUCAACGUAAAUCAUAUAUUCAAUACCUAGAUGGACUCCAUAGAACCAGCGGAGUCGGCCACUCCCCUUGCACAAUUGGCAUCUGUCGCUGAAGCUGGGGUCAAUGGCCGCGACACCGAGUAUUCUAUUGCGGACGAUGCCCGUUCUAGUAGCCUGAGCGACCUUGACGAUGCUUUAGACAACGACAAUUUGGAUAUUGAAUCCCCAAAACUUGAAAAGGUUGCGAGUGAAAUUGACUCAGAAGCUGAAACAGAACGGAUCGAAGAGUCUCCAAACCACCUGCGAAACCGCAGCAACAUUGUGCUGAACGCGGGCAUGUUCGAAACGAGUCCCAGCAAGCUAGCACAAUCCACAACAUAUGACGAACUUAAUGAUGAAGAUGACGAAACAGAAGCCUCUCCCACCAAACCACGGCGGAAAGUCAGUAGCAACGGCAUACCAGCUACCGACAAUGUUGCUGCCGCUGAUGGGCCCGAACUACUAAGCGCUUCUCUUGAGGCCAUUAGCAAAAAGCGUAAACGGCUCGACCUAGGAGGAGAUGCUGGUUCUGAAGCAAGUGACGAAGAGCCUCUACGAAAACGUCGUGGCUCCGUUCCCGUGAGCGGAACAACUUCCAAGUCAUUGCCAGACCUCUCAUCGAGCCUUCCAAGCGGUGACGCCCUCCAAAAGAACAGCGAAACUUCCCCCGACGAGACUCCAGCCGCAGAGGAGACACGGAGCCUCGAUGCGCGUGCCCCAGUUUCGAGGGGUAAACGAGGGAAGAAAGGCAAACGAAAGGGCAGAAACGCCAAACAGGUUUAUGACGACACCGAAGCAGAGAGUGUUCCUCCAACGCGAGGUGCCGAACAAGAUGUUAACGGCUUGGCUGAUGAACCAGCCGCAGACGAAGAAGAACAAGCUGAACAUGUCGAUGAGGUGGAUGACACGGAGGUCGUUUCGAAGGCGGAAGAAGAGUUGAUGAAGAAGUCCACGGCUAUGGACCUUCUGGUUACACUUGAACGACAAUUCGCAACGUUGCGCGAUAGGAUAUACGAUGAGAGAAUCGCAAACCUCAACAAUGAGCUAUCACAACUCACUGAAGAGAAUGCUACUCACCCUGAAUACCUACGUCAGCUCAGUAUAAUCGAGAAUUAUCGAGAUGAAAAAAUCAAAUACGAGAGAACCCUUUUCAAGUACAAGCUAUCCUCGCUAUUCAACAAAAGCCAGGCCGAGCGCUGCCAGGCAAACAGCUCUUACUUCCAACGGGCCCGAGAUGUUCGUGAAAAGUAUCUUGAUGAUGCUUCACGCCUACAUUACCGAAUUCAACAGGAUAGAUUCCAAAAUGCCGAGGCUAGCCCCGACUUCUCUAUUCCCUUCCCAACUCGCCGCUCACAACAAAUUUCCCAACAAACUGCCUAUAAUAAGGAGGUUUCUAUUCUCUCGGGCGUUGCGAAAUAUGUGGGCUUCCCAGCUGCUCCCGCUAUCUUGCCGGCGCGACAAAAUGAGACAGAUGAGGAUUUGGCCAAGAUGGGGAUUGACCCACGUUCUAUGAAUGCGCCUCCCAACUUCCCCCGCCCAUCCCACCCUCGCGGCACAUUCACUGCAACACCAUCGACAACGACACGCCCGGGCGCAGCGGAGGAAUUCCUCGAACAGACACCAUGGGCAAACCCACAACACUCCAGCCAUGAGCAAUAUUUACAACAGCUUCAACAAAUUAGGAUGAAUGAGCAGCAACAUGGAGCGGAUUAUAUAUAUGCUACCCCUGCUGCUCAACAGCGGGUCGUGGAUCUACACGCGCCCAAUGGGUCUGCUUCUACGAUUCCAGACCAUCCAUCCGCGCCUAACUCUUCAGCCGCAAACACCCCGUACGUCGUUGAGCAAGACCGAACAGGCCACCCACAUCAUAAUAAUAACCGAGCGCUCACAACGGCUAGCGAAUCCCCCUUUACCCGCCAACCCAAAACAGAUGAAGCUGAAAGGAUGUCAGGGUUUCGAUCCCAAACCUCGUCUCCACUGGAAGUGCGGAAACCCAGUAACCCACGCCGGCCACAGUCGCGAACCAUCUCUGGCCAGCGAUCGCCCGUACACCCUCAGCACCCUCAUAAUCCUCUGUCAGAAGAGGUCGGGCCCUACCAAACUUCCAGCGCUACCAGAGAUGGCAAUCAAAACAACAUCAAUACCAACAGUAAACAUAGCAAUAACAUCACUAACAAUAUCCAAUCGUCCCCACCAUCUUCAGCACGCCUGGGACUUUUCGGCGCUCCACCCCAAUCUCGACGGGAACCAUCUCCGCAAUUACCGACUCCGUCCGCAGCCCCGAAUCCAGAGCUACUUGGCUCCUCCACGUCAACAGCAGCAACAGCCUCUCGGCAACGGUCCGCGCCUCUGAACUCCAUGCACCAAGCCGCUGGUAUCACGGCAGGCGGAUCUGGGAGGAGUCGGAUGGGUGCGCGAUGAUAGUUCUGUUUUAAUAUAUAUACACGUAUGCCUGAGGGAAAUACAUAUCCCCGACCCUUCGUUAGGUCCAUCCCCCGGAACGCGUGCAGCUUGCAUCCCGCAUCGCGGCAUCCCCACGCACGCCCCGCGCGCGUCCAUGCUCGUGCCUAACUUCGUGUAACCGUGAAACGUCAGUACCGGGGUUUUUUUUUUUUUUUUUAUUUGUUUUAUUUUUAUGGGAAUUCAACGUACGUGAUACGAAACGGUCAGGCAGGGGCGGUGUGGCAACGCCUUACCUAAACGGGAGAGGGCUGAAUUUUGGAUGGGGUUUGGUCUGGUUAUAUAUUACAGCUAAUAAUUUUCUUCUCUUCGCUCUGUUUACUUGUCUGCUAGGAGAGGUGGGGGAGCAAAGGCCCUGUUAGCAAUUAACCUUUUUUUUGUUCUUGUAACUUGCAUUUCUUUUACCUUUUCCCCUUUCCUUUUUUUUUUUUUUUUUUUUUUUUUUUUUUUUUUGUUUUUUGUUUUUUUUUUUGGGGGGGGGGGGGCAUGCCGUGUGAAUUUUGAGGGGUCGUUGAGGGUUGGUGCUGGCGGAUUGUGGAAACGUUUCUUUUUUCAAUUAAUUUUUUUGGACAGUAAAUAAUACCCCGAGACAAAAAGGAAGUGGGCGUUUUUCAACCUUUUUGACAUUUAAUUCCACGGAAGUGUUAUGACGGUGAUUUAGCCAUCAUGAUAGGAUUACUUGGUAUAUGUAUUUCCUCACGUUUUCAAUAUUUUUGUGAUACUUUCUAAGAGAUCAUCUACCCUCUUAAAACGAAUU